CGCGCAAGUGACAAGGCGAUCCCGCAACAUUCCCGACUCCUGACCCUUGCGUGUCUCCAUUCUUCGCUCCAGAACUCGUCUCCGUCCCUAUCCUGCACCCCGACGUUGCUGCUCCGAUCCAGCACCGAAGUCACUCGGCGCCGGCGCCUGUCCUUCGUCGCGCCGAACAUGGCCUCCAAUCUCCCCAUCCCCAUCCCCCCGCGCACCCCGACGCCUCCUGCAGACGACCCUCCCAGCUUCUCCGAUCAGUCGUCUCAUGUCUACGACAAAGACUCUCUCUCGCCCCUCAGAGACACCUUUCCGGUCUCGCGGGGCACCCUGGAUGUCGGCGAUGCCAAUCGCUUGAGCCCUACGCGGGCGUCUUUCAACAACCUCAGCCCGGCGGACGCGAUCCCGCAGAGCGAGAAGGGCGACCAUGUCACGGACGGGCCCUUCAAUUUCAAGACGACGACGAUGGCGAAGAGCCCGGUCGUAAAGUCUAACAUCGGCCAGCGGCGCGGACACAAGUACAAACACAGUAGUAUUUCGCACCAGAUCUUCCUUGAACCGCCUCCCAGGGCCCCCUUGGCCCUGCCCAACUCGUUGCCCAUCCCGACCUUCAAGGAAUACCGCUCCAGUAUGUCGCGGGAGCAGACGACUCGGUUCUGGUGGAGUGUCUGCCACAUGUGCGUCGCGGCAUACACCCUGUGGAGUGCGCAUGGGUCCCUGGCCAUGACGGCGCUGUCGCAUCUGAUCCUGUUCGACUCCCUCGGCGCGUUGCUCUGUGUAGCCGUCGACAUUCUCGGAAACUUCGAAGUAUGGAAACGCUCCAGCGUCCGGCACCCGUUUGGACUGGAGCGCGCCGAGGUGCUCGCUGGAUUUGCCAUGUGCGUGCUGCUGCUGUUCAUGGGAAUGGACCUCAUUUCUCACAACCUGCAACACUUCCUCGAGUCGUCAGGCCACGAGCCUCAUCACACCCAUGUCCACGAACGUGUCUCUCUUGGUCGCGUUGACUUUACCGCCCUUCUGGCGAUCUCAUCCACCCUGGUCUCGGCAAUCGGCCUCAAGAACCACGGCCGGAUAGGGAAGGCAAUGCGCUUCGGCUACAUCGACUCGCUCCCGUCGGUUCUCAGCAAUCCCUCGCACUUCCUGACCCUCUCCUGUUCCGCCCUCCUCCUCUUACUGCCCCUGGUGUCCAUCCGACUAUACAACUGGAUCGACGUCCUACUAUCCGGAACCAUCUCCAUCUCCAUGUGCGUGAUCGGAGUGCGUCUCGUCAAGACCCUAGGCUCCAUGCUCCUGAUGUCCUACUCAGGUCCCGGCGUAUCCGACGUGAUCCGGGACAUCGAAGCCGACCCCGCCGUUUACGGCGUCGACGAUGCCCGGUUCUGGCAGGUGCAUUACGGGCUAUGCAUGGCGAACCUCAAGCUCCGGGUCUCCGGGCCGGAGGAUAGUCUUGUGCGGCUGCGCGAACGGAUCGCCAGUCUGAUCAAGAACCGGCUGGGAGGGGGAUACGGCACCGGGGGCCAGAAAUGGGAGGUUUCUCUGCAGUUUACCAGCGAGAAGGCGUAGCGGGACAAGCAAGCCAUGUCUGUAUAUAUGGCCAUGACUGGCUGGGCUUUUAUGAGGAUAUCAUGUAUGUGUAUGUGUAUAGCUAUAAUGUAUGAUAUCAUGUGUCAGUGUAUAGUCAUGUUUUCAUUCAUCCUCAUCAAU